CGGAGCAUGUGAAGAACUUUUCCUCAGAGUUACAGCCAGUGCAUCUGCUCAAAGAGCUUGUUGGAAGAAAGUUUGAGGAUUCAUCAACUCACUAAAAAGGCCAGGUGCCCUGUGGGUGCAACCCUGCCGUGGACCAUGGGCGACCCUCUGUUGGACGACCCUCAAUCCUGCGCCGUGAGGAUUGUCCUCGUAGGGAAAACAGCAAGUGGUAAAAGCGCCACCGCCAACACCAUUCUCGGGGAAGACAAAUUUGUUUCAAAAAUGUCUGGCGCCUCUGUAACCCCAAAAUGCCAGAAAGCGUUCCGGGAGUGGAAGGGGAGGAACAUCCUCGUCGUGGACACCCCGGGGUUCUUUCACACCACGGAGAAGAUGGACACCAUCUGCAGGGAGAUCAGCAAGUGCGUCCUCUUCUCCUCCCCGGGCCCUCACGCCUUCAUCCUCGUGCUGCAGCUCGGCCGCUACACUGAGGAAGAGCAGCAAGUCUUUGCCAUGGUCAAGGCUCUCUUUGGGGAGUCGGUCACCAGGCACAUGAUCAUCCUGUUCACUCGCAAAGAAGACUUGGGGGACACAAGCCUACCUGACUUCAUAGCACAGAACAGCGUGAGCCUAAGAAGCAUGAUCAAAGAGUGUGGCAGCCGCUGCUGUGCCUUCAGCAACAGAGCAGCGAAGGCUGAGAAGGAAGCUCAGGUGCAGGAGCUGAUGCAGCUUGUAGAGAAAAUGAUCCUUAGCCAAGGUCACUUCACUGAUAACAUAUAUGACAAGAUAGAGGAAAGGCUGAACAAGGCUGAGGCCUUGAUCAAAAUUUUUGAUAGUCAGUUGGAAAGGGAAAUUUCUCUAGUAGAAGAAGACUAUGUCAAUAAGUCACAGGAAGAAAAAGAGCAAAAAAUACAUUUGCUAAAAGAGCGACAUGCUGCCCGAAUAAGAAAUGUAAGAGAAGAAGCUGAAAAGCCGAAGGUGACAAGGCUUUUCAAAUCCUUUUUUUAA